CGGGAGAUAUGCAACGCCAACACGCCGCACCCCACUGACGGUUUACUGGAAUCCACACCCUCGGGACAGUCAAGACCGGAGAGCGCACGGCCUGUAUCGACCCGACCGAUAGAAAGACCAGUAGAAAGACCUGUCGCUAGUAGACCGGUCUCGUCAAGACCUACAGAGAGUAGACCGUCUAUUAGACCGGAGGACACGCCGGUCACCAGGCCAGUCCACGGCACUCCAUCCAACUCUGGUCCAGUGUACGUACCCACAGCCAACCCACCGAUAGACCAGAUCAAUGUCAACCCAUUUGUUAUCGGGGAGGGGGGCAGGGGGCAGGCGGGCUCCAGGCCGAACUCAGUGUUCGGACUGACCACCUCCUCCUAUACCACCACUACCACUGACAGCGCGGAGUUCGACGACUUUGAUACUGUAAAGAAGCCAGACCCGAGCGAGUACUUCGGCGGAGGUCUGCAGACCAUCAUAGUGCCCAGCAAUUCUAAUGAUGGCUACAACAAUAAUAACAAUAACAAUAACAACAACAAUCACAGCCCAAAGAGUCGUUGCGGUAAGGUAACGUUGAACAAACCCAACCCCCUGGUGGUGAACGGGAAGCCGACCCUCGAAGGACAAUGGCCCUGGCAGAUAGCUCUGUAUCAAACACAGACAGUAGAUAGCAAGUAUAUCUGCGGCGGCACGCUAGUGACGCAUUUACAUGUUAUCACGGCAGCGCACUGCGUCACACGCAAGAGUUCCAACCGCGUUGUCAACAAGAACACACUCACCAUAUACCUCGGCAAGCACAAUCUGCGGACAUCUGUGCGCGGCGUGAAGAUACGACUGGUGGAGGAUAUCAUAGUUCAUCCGGAAUACAACUCGUCAUCGUACAGUCACGACCUCUCUAUUAUUCAAAUGAUCGAGUCUGUGCCGUACACGGACUACGUGCGGCCUGCCUGCAUGUGGCCUGACGACCAGACCCAACUUAACAGCGUCAUCGGAAAAAAGGGAUCGGUUGUUGGUUGGGGCUUUGAUGAGACGGGCGUGGCGACUGAGGAGCUGACUUUAGUAGAGAUGCCGGUGGUAGACCAGGAAACCUGCAUCAGAUCCUAUAGCGAAUUCUUUGCGAGAUUCACGUCGCAGUACACCUACUGUGCCGGCUACAGGGACGGGGCCCUUGAUAAGAGAACCGGAACCCGAAAAAGUACUUCCGUGUGUAACGGCGAUAGUGGCGGCGGGAUGGUGUUCGAGAUGAACGGUUCGUGGUACUUACGUGGUCUCGUGUCGCUGUCCGUAGCGCGACAGAACGAGUACAGAUGCGACCCCACGCACUACGUCGUAUUCACGGACCUCGCCAAAUUCCUACCUUGGAUACGUCAGCAUAUAAAUAAUUUUUAAUUUAUUGCCAAUAAACAAUUAUUUUUUACUCUGUCACGAAAGUGAUGUCAUCUGUCGUUUUUUGACAUUUUUAAUCUGUUAUUAAAAAAUAUACCAGUAAUGCUCUCUAUUCGAUCAAUUUAAUAAAAAAAUGUAUUAAUAAUUGCAACUAAACUAUAGUAUACUCGUUAAAUGUACAUCGCUUGAUGUUUUUUUUUUAUUUUUUAAGUGAAAAGUGUUUUUGUACAAUGUCUGUGUCCCAUGUUUUUUUUUCCUUUCUCAGUUCUUAAUAUGUGUACUUAAGCUAUUUAUAUCAAAGCCUUUAUGUAAAUAUAUUGGUAACUUUCACUAUUUAUGUAAAGGUUAUUGUCAAAACAUAGGUGUAUCUUAUUUACUCCAUUGCAAUUUAAUUCUAGAACAGAUUCUAGAUCUAAGAGUUAAAAAGGCAACAGUUAGUAGAUAAAAUCGAAAAAAUGUAAAACUAAAACAUUUAAUAAAAAUAAUGUAAAUUCAGAAACUGUGUGUAAAAAUAUUUUUAUUUUGAAGUCAAAUUUGUUUUUACUUUUUUUUUAAUUCAACAAAUUAAAUUUUUUUUU